UAAAACAAUAUGACGGAGUAAAUAAACAACAGCGCCUCCUACGAAUUCACAAAAUGAAGUUAACUGACAAUGUUGUUCGAAACUUCAGAGUUGCUAAAGUAUUUAGGGAAAAUACAGAACGAAUAAAUAAUUUAGACUUUUCGGCAAACGGAGAAACUCUUAUUUCAAGCAGUGAUGAUGACUCUAUCGUCAUAUACGAUUGCCAGAAUGGAACGCCUAAGAAAACUUUAAACAGUAAGAAGUAUGGUGUGGAUUUGAUUUGUUAUACACACGCAGUCAACACAGCAUUACACAGUUCAACCAAAGUUGAUGAUACCAUCAGAUAUCUGUCUCUUCAUGACAAUAAAUACAUUAGAUACUUUCCAGGCCACACUAAAAAGGUUGUAGCAUUGAACAUGUCACCAAUAAAUGAUUCUUUCCUCUCAGGAUCUCUAGAUAAAACACUAAGAUUAUGGGAUUUGCGUUCACAGAAUUGUCAGGGAUUAAUGCAUUUAUCAGGUCGGCCUGUUGCAGCUUUUGAUCCAGAAGGACUUAUUUUUGCUGCUGGUAUCAACUCAGAAUGUGUUAAAUUAUAUGAUCUGAGGUCAUUUGAUAGGGGACCAUUUGCCACAUUUAAACUAGCUCAAGAUAAAGAUUGUGACUGGACUGGAAUGAAGUUUAGUCCUGAUGGUAAAAUGAUACUGAUAUCUACCAAUGGACAGGUUGUCAGGUUGAUUGAUGCCUUCCAGGGAACACCAUUACAGACAUUUAUGGGCUUUCAGAACACUAAAGGUAUAAGUUUGGAAGCAUCUUUUAGUCCAGAUUCUCAGUUUGCAUUUGUUGGUUCAACUGAUGGUAAAAUUAACUGUUGGAAUACAGACACUGGAGUGAGGGUGGCUGUGUUUAACUGUGAUCAUCCAGGACCAGUCCAAUGUGUUCAGUUUAAUCCUAAACUAAUGAUGUUAGCUACUGCUUGUACAAAUAUGGCAUUUUGGUUACCUUACAUUGAUGAUUGAGUGAUUAAGAAAUGGUUUCAUACAAACGUUGGAGGCAGCAAAGACAUGAAGAAUAGUGAUGAAUGUUUUAUAAAUGUUGUAUAUGACUGAGACAUAUUAUGAAAGAUGCAUUUUAUAUACAAUUGUUGUUUAUUUCACUGUUAAUGUGCAAUCUCAUAAACAUUAUUUGUUUGAAAUAAUUUUAAGUGCAAGAGACACAGGCUCAGAAUAUUUGUAUCUUGUUUUAAGGUUUAGACAUAUUAAAUAUUUUUACUUCAUAUUCAAGACAUAUUUUGAUAUUUAAAUUUGAUUUAAAAUGAAAGACUUAAUAGUUUUUGAACAGUCAAAUUAAAGUGAUGUUGCUUUGCAAUUUUUUUUUAUUUUAUUUUUUUAUUCAGUGUUUUUAAAAGACUCCUAUCAUGUAUUUGAAAUUUAGAAAGAAAAAAAAUAAACAUUAGUUUUAAAAAAGACACACCUUAGUUACUUAAGUUCAAACAAUUUUUUUAUUUUAUACAUUCUAAUUAUGGAAAAAAAAUCUACAGCAAAUAAUCUCACAAUGUAUAUGCUACACAAAACACAUAAAUAUGUCAAACAUAUGAAUGUUACAGUCUGUCUGUUUAGUAUUUUAACCAUUAUGAGUUUUUCACUCUUAUUAUUUAUUUUUUUUAAUUCCUGCCACAUUUAUAUUUGCUUCAGUUGUGGGCAUUGAACCAUUAUACAUGCCCACCAGUUUAUUGUACUAUUGUGAAUACAACUCAUCCAUACUUCAUUCAUGUGAAGAUGUUUAAUUCAGAUAAACCUUAAGAAUUGUAAUUCACACAAACACUAUUUCAAAUUAAGCUAUCCAAAGAUCUGAAUGCAAUGUCAUCAUCACUUUCUUUCCUAUAAUGUUGUCCUUUACAUAACCAUUUUUUGUUGUGUACUUACAAAACGGGAGAUUAAUCCUGUGACUAAAAAAGACUAACUUUUCAUAAAGUUACUUGUAACAGUUAUGUCAAUAAUUUGUGAUAAAUGUAAAUCCAGGUAAACCUCAUUACUAAGUGUAUAUGAUCAUUUAAUGCCCCAUUUAAAAGACUGUUUUACCCGGUAUUAUUUUCCAAUGUAGGUAACUGUAACAUAGUAACACAUGUAUAAAUACAUAGAAAGGACCAAGAAGUUAUUCACUGCCAACACUGAUGUGUAUUGUGAUGUGUGUGUAUAAGUGUGAUGAAGGAUAUGUAUUAUCAGUUUUACAAGUUUGUGUGACAGGUUUCUCAUAUGACAUCCUACCUAACAGUACCAUUAUAAAUAACAAUUUUGUAUCUUAA